AUGGCUAUUCUCAAUAGUAACCCGGAGGUUCUCCUCAAAAAGAGAAAGGAUGCGGACAGGAAGAGAAUCCAGAGGCAGGAGAAGCUCAGGCUCGAGAAGGAGAAGCAGAAGAAAAAAGCCCUUGUGCAAAAGGACAAGUUCCUUCGAGCGGAGAAGUUAGCCAUGAAGCACAAGGCUGCUUUCAUCGAAAGGAAAAGAAUGGACAAUAUCUUGAAGCACGAAAACAGACAAAUCAGCCAGAAGAAGGAGACCGACACAAAGCUUCUAUUUGUCAUCAGAAUCCCAAACACAAACAAGCAUUUGUCCAUUCCUGAAAAGGCCAGAGCGGUGUUCCAGGUGUUGAGAUUGACGGAAGAGAACAUGGGUGUAUUUGUCAAGGCUACUCCUACAAUCAUGCCUGUGUUGAAGCUCGUGUCGCCUUAUAUUGUCGUGGGCAAACCCUCUCUUGCUUCUGUGCGUCAGCUCUUCCAAAAGAGAGCCGAGGUUCCCGAUUCUGAGAGCGAAACCGGCUUCACAAAGUUGGACAACAACCAGAUCGUUGAAGACAAGUUUGGCGAUGACCUCGGCUUCAUCUGUGUGGAGGACUUGGUGCACGAAAUUUACAGCUUGGGCGACAACUUUAAGGAAGUAAAUCAGUGGAUCGCCCCAUUCAAGUUGGUGGCCCCAGUGCAAGGAUGGAGCCCUCGUGCUCGUUUGGAGAAGAUUCAGUAUGAGCGUGACAUGAGCAAGCCAGUGACUUUGGCAGGCCACGUGUCUUUGGAGGAAAUUGACAUCGACAAGCACAUCGAGGAGCUCAACUAA